AACAUUUUUUAUUCUUUACAGUAGAUUUAGAGUAGAUAGCUAGCUAAAUCAGUAAAUACUGAAAUAGAAAAAUGCUAUUGCAUGUGGGAUUAUAUGUUCUUUGCAGUGCUGCUAUAUUGCAAGCAGUUUGUCAGAUUCUGCCUGCUCCAUUCAUUGAUGAAAUCUUUCACAUACCACAAGCUCAACAUUACUGCAACGGAUCGUUUUCUGAGUGGAAUGACAAGAUCACAACUCCACCUGGCCUUUAUUUAGCAUCGCUACUUCUUCAAGUUCCAUUUUUAAUACUCUCUCAACAUCUAUAUUGCACUGUACUGACAUUAAGAACUGUCAAUGUGAUUUUUAAUGCUAUAAAUAUGCUCCUAAUCUACUAUAUCAUGAAGGAAAUUUCAAGUACAAAACAAACAAAUUAUGAGGGAAACAAUGCACCUCAGAAGGAGUAUGCAAUGAUGAAGAUACAAGCUUUGACAAUAUCAAUGUUUCCAGUAAAUUACUUCUUUUCAUUUCUAUACUACACUGAUCCUGGGUCAACACUGUUUGUACUUGCUGCGUAUUUGGCAAAUCUAAAAUCAAUGCACAAGACUUCUGCUUUUCUGGGAUUGUUUUCAGUUUUCUUCAGACAGACGAAUAUUGUAUGGGUGUUGUUCUUAGCUGGUUGUACUGCAGUAAGGGAAAUGGUGAAAGCAGAUUCUAUAGAAAAAAUAGAAACAUCACCAGAUAUUAAAGAUAAACUCGUGCGGUUUCUUGUGGGGAUCGUAUCAGCUGCUAUCAAAUACCUUCUCGUUAUCGACAAUUUCCUACGAAUUCUCAAGCUGGUUUGGCCAUAUUUGUUUGUACUAGCAUCAUUUGCUAUGUUCAUAUUGAUCAAUGGGGGUAUUGUACUUGGAGACAAACUCAAUCAUGAGGUUUCUCUCCAUGCUCCACAGUUGUUAUACUUUUUUGGAUUCGCUUUAUUUUUCAGUUCUCCUUUCUUGAUUUCUUUGUCACAGAUCAGAAACUUUUUUGCCGCUGUAGUGAAAAAUCCGUUGAAAUUUAUGACAUUUGCUCUAAUCUGUAUCCUAUUGAUCAUUAAAUACACGCACAUUCACAUUUUUGUACUUUCGGACAAUCGUCACUAUACCUUUUACCUAUGUCGAUAUGUUUUAAAAUAUCCACUGUUUCGUCUCUUGCUAGUUCCAUUGUAUAUUUAUGCUGGCUGGGCCAUGAAUCAACGAUUAGAUAGUCCUAGAUGUUUGGGAAUAUGGAAGCUUGUAUUGUUAAUUUGUAUAUGUGCUGUUACGGUUCCGCAAAAGUUAAUUGAGGUGCGUUAUUUCAUUAUCCCUUACAUACUGUUUCGAGUAAAUAUUCGUGUGACAGAAAUGUAUCAGGUAGUUCUGGAGUUUCUGUUGUACUUCCUAAUCAAUGCCUUUACUCUCUAUGUUUUCUUUACAAAGGAGAUUGUGUGGCCUGACAUUAAUGAUCCUCAAAGAAUUAUUUGGUGAAAAAGUGGUUUUGAGUUUCAAUCAAAUUUUAUCUAUAAUAUUUCGAUUGAAAAAAUGCCUGACAAUUUCUCGAAGUUUUGCCACUCUCGUGGUUCUUGAGUAGGCAAGUUUAUGAUAAAAGAUUUUUUCUAAGCGUAUUGUUAUAUCUAAUGCUUCUUAAUUUUUCAAAGUCAUAUCAGUGUAUGAUUAUAAAAAGACUAUAGUACAGGGAUGGCGAGUCACUAUCCCACAGGUCACAAAACGACCUGUCAAGUCACAAAUUAUUCAUUUCAGUGAUGAAAAUAUUCGUAACGAGGUCUGCUAGUACGUAACUAGUGAACUACGAUACUUCCUACACUACCUGUAUGCUACAACUGUUAGUAAGUGGUUUAUAUAUUACUGCAAUUCAGCUGUUGGAAACAUGAAUAACAUAAAAUGGAGAGCCAAAAAUUGCCACAUUGCUCCAUGCGUAAAGCUUGAAACUGCACAAUGCAGAAACAGCAAGUUUGUCAAUGAUGCAGACAUUGGCUGAAUCUAUGACCCCUUUCUUCUUUAUGAUAAAAGUAAAAGAGUUUUUCCAUCCCUGCUAUAUUCUUUUGAAAUGAAUUGCGGUAUUCAAAAUUUUGCGGCAGAGAAGUUGGUUCCACAAAAGUUCGAGUUCUGGACGAUUUGGCAUUUCUAAUGCUCAACUAGUUCCAACUAAUAUUUAUAUGAAUUAUGUGCCCUUUCAUUUUUGUGUGUGUGUGUGACAUCUACGACCUUAAUGAUGUUACAUAAUUUGAAUAUUCAAAAUACAUAGAUGUGCCCAUUUCAUUUUUUUUUUGUGGGGCAUCUACCACCGUAAUGUUACAUAUUUUGUAUAUUUCAAUGCAUGUAUUGUAAAGAUGUAAGCAUUUGAAAAUUGCAUUGUAAACUCGCAGUAUAAACUUCUGGCAGCAUUGUCUAAUCCUGAUUCGACUAUAUUAUUAUUAUUAUGUAUGUCCCUGUCCGUUUGCAAAUUUCUAUGCAUAAAAAGUAGCCUAAUCUGAAAGCCUUCAUUGAAAUUGAAUUUAUGUUUAUCUUGUUUGCUUAUAUUAUUUAUAUGUGGACGAAUUUGCUUGAGACCUUGCCAGUGAUAUUUUUAUAAUGUUGUAUUGCAUGAGAUGCAUGUAUUUUGGUAAAUCAAAAUAGCACUAAACUUUGUAAGCAGAAUAUAAUCAAUUUUGCAAGAAUAUGU